AUGAGAACAACACAGAAGACCAAGCAGAAAAGAUUCACCAGUGCCUGGCGCGAGGGUACCCCCUGGAGUAGCACUAACCGACCGCGACCACCUGCCCUGCGCCAGCAAUGGACCGAACCGUACUUCGAUCUGACCGUGUCCCGCAACGUGACGGUGCGCGAGGGCGAGACGGCAUUCCUCACCUGCCGCGUGGAGAACCUGGCCCAGUACAGCAUCUCCUGGGUGCGGCACCACGACCUCCACAUACUGGCCAUCAACUCCGACGCGUUCAUCUCGGACGAGCGGUUUCAGGCGCUGCACAACAAGCAAACGGAGGAGUGGACGCUGAAGAUCAAACGGACGCGCAGGAAGGACACCGGCAUCUACGAGUGCCAGAUCUCGACGAUGCCCGUUAAAAGCCUGCAGCUGUAUCUGAUAGUGCUCGAUGACUCGGAGCUGGUGAGACGACAGGACGACAUACUUUAUGACAUUCCGCCUUCCUCCGGCGAGCAGCAUCUUCCGGAGGGCAAGAAAGCGGGCGAUGUCUACAACCGGAUGUACGCGGAUCGUGUCAACGAUUACCUGUUCCUAGCGGCGACCACGCAAAUUCUCGAGGGUACGAUGGUGUACGGUUACAAGGGGCAAAACAUAAGCCUCACCUGUAUCGUCAGCUAUAAUUAUGCGGAGCGACCGAACCAUAUAGUUUGGUAUCAUCACAAUGAGAUCGUUGCCUACGAGUCGCUGCGUAAGCGCGAACGAUCGUCCAUCAACAGCAUUACCUCGAACCAUUUGAUACGCAACGCCGAAUUCGAUGACGCCGGAAACUACACCUGUGCCCCGGAGAGGUACGCCAGUGCCAGCACUAUUGUGCAAAUCUUGGACGGCGAGGAAGCACAAGAGGUUAGCAGUGCCAGCAUUGGCGACCGGAUAAGUACAGCGAUGAAAUUGUUUGUGGCCCUAAGUAUCCUGUACAAUCAUCGGGACAGGAUGAGUUAGUACACUGCUGCAGCUAUGAACACAAUUUAGACGGCAUGGCCGA